ACGAGGCUUCUGGAAGAAUCGAAGGGGACAGACAUAGGACCAAAAACCUCUGCACAACUCUAUUCAUCAAGCUUUCGGCACCUGCGAAUUACGGGAAAGGGGGUAAUGGCUAAAGUCCCAACCAUGCGCUCUCGUGAUCAAACUCAGGAUUUCCAGGGGCUUUUGAAUAACUUACAGGAUUGGGAAUUGUCGAUUAAGGAAAAAGGCAAGAAAUUGAAGUCAGAUGCUGCCGGAAAGAGCAAUUCUAUCAAUCAUCCGAGCCAGACCAGCGGAAAUGUUGCAAGCCAAAAUAGAGUAAACGGGCAAGGAAUGACACAGAGAAAUUUUUCUUCUGUCAACACAAGUACUGCCAGACAGUUCGAUUAUUUGAAGGAAUAUGAAGCACUAAGUCAAUUAUCAAGUGGAGUGUCAUCUGAAGAUAAUUUCGUUGAUGCUAAUUCUGAGAAAGAGUUGGGUAAUGAAUAUUUUAAGCAGAAGAAGUUCAAUGAAGCCAUAGAUUGCUACUCCCGGAGCAUUGCAUUGUCACCCACAGCAGUUGCCUAUGCAAACAGGGCUAUGGCAUAUAUCAAAAUUAAAAGAUUCCAGGAAGCUGAAAAUGAUUGUUCGGAAGCCUUGAAUUUGGAUGAUCGCUACAUAAAGGCAUACUCACGUCGAUCUACUGCUAGAAAAGAACUUCGGAAAUUCAAAGAAUCCCUUGAUGAUGCUGAAUUUGCUUUGAAAUUGGAUCCACAGAAUCAAGAGCUUAAGAAACAGUUUGCAGAAUCCAAAUCCCUGAUCGAGAAGGAGGUUUUGAGAAAAGCAUCUGGUGCAUUGGCAGAAAAGAACAAGCAUGUGCAGACACCCCAAUCUGUCUCAAUGGGUUCUGCUAGAAAAAUGGCUACAAUUGUCGAAGAUGAUACCAAGGGUAAUAAAAUUGCAGAAGCUGCUGCAGCUACAUCCAUGGAGACCGAAAGAAAUCAUACGAGAAUAAAUGACUCUGACGCUGUUGUAAGUUCAAAUAUGGCAAAGGGGAAAGCCAAAACUAGCAAGCAGGAGCUGAGGGCAUCGGUUCUAGAACUUGCUGCAAAAGCAGCUAAUCUUGCGAAAGCUGAAGCUGCUAAAAACAUUGCUCCACCUAAUUCAGCUUAUCAAUUUGAAGUAACUUGGAGAGGACUUGCUGAUGACCGUGAAUUGCAGGCUCGCUUUUUAAAGGUAACACCGCCAUCUGCAUUGCCUGGAAUCUUCAAGAAUGCAUUAUCCGCUCCAAUACUCGUCGAUAUCAUAAAGUGCAUUGCCACAUUUUUCAGGGAAGAAACAGCCCUAGGCAUUGAAUACUUGCAAAAUUUGACCAGAAUCCCAAGAUUCGACACCAUCAUCAUGUGCCUCUCAUCUGCGGAUAAAGCUGAUAUUUCGAUGAUCUGGAAUGAAACCAUAAGCAAGACAAGUGCAGACUACAGCGAUAUCAUUUCCAAUUUGCGCCCCAAAUAUGGAAUAAACCCGUGAUACCGAAGCCGAAGGAAGGCCAUGCCAGUACAGUUUUCAAGCUCAGUCCACAGCACAGCACACAGAACAAGAAGUGAUGAAGUGAACUGUAGAGCAGCAGGAUUCGUCUGGUCUGGUCAGAUUUGAUUAGAUUUGAGAGAUGGAUGGAUGGAUGGAUGAUCAUCAAGAACUUAACGUAACGUGUGCCUGCUAUCUAGGUAGCUAGCUAUAGCUGCUGCAUCGCUGAUCACUCAGUGAGUGAGUGACUGUGUGUCGUCGUCGUCGUCGUCGUCGUCUACAGUAGUGCUGUCCUCCUCUAGCUUCUCUUGUAUUACUAGUAUUAUAUAUGUCGUUCUUUCCCGAAAACCUACAACUUUUAAGUCUAGCUAAUUUCCUAACACUAGCUAGCCAGGCCAGCUACUGCUGUUGCUGCAUCAUUGUUCACUCACUCCCUCACUCACUGUAUGAAGUCGUGUGUUUGCUGUUUUUAUUUAGUACUGCUACCUGCCCCACAAAUUAAAAUUGAUUGUAUUGUAUGAACUAUGAAG